GUUGUUUUCCCUCGCUUCUCUGAUGAAGCAUGGAGCGACUCCUCUCAGCCCCUGUUCUUUAAGUAAUUUCAGUUGAACAAAAUUGAAAAAAAUUCGGGCUGGACAAAAUGUUGGUCGAGUUAAUGUCAACAGUGUAACAGAAUUUGAUUGAUUUGGAGGAUGAAGUCCAACCUAAUGCAUUUAGUUCCCCCAGUGAGUAGAGACAGGAUAAUAUCCCAAUUUCCCAAGUGGUACACACCUGAGGCCUGUCUGCAGUUCAAAGAGCACUUCCAUGCAGAGGUCAGGGCUGCUUGUCAGCAGCGCACUGGCACAGUUGGGUUGAAAAUAUCCAAAGUGGUUGUGCUAGGAGACCUGUAUGUUGGCAAAACCAGCCUUAUCAACAGAUUUUGUAAGGAUAACUUUGAUCGAGACUACAAGGCAACCAUUGGAGUGGAUUUUGAAAUUGAACGUUUUGAAAUAAUUGGAAUACCAUAUAAUCUCCAGAUAUGGGACACAGCAGGUCAGGAAAAGUUCAAGUGCAUUGCAUCUGCUUACUACCGAGGAGCAGAGGUUAUAAUAACAGUGUUUGAUCUGGCUGAUAUCCAGACUUUGGAUCACACCAAACAGUGGCUAGAAGAUGCAUUGAGGGAAAAUGAGCCAGAUUCCAGCUUCAUCUUUCUAGUUGGAACAAAAAAAGAUUUAGUCUCAGAUGCUGUGUGUGAAAGGACAGAGGUAGAUGCCAUCCGCAUUGCCAAUGAGAUGCGGGCAGAAUACUGGUCAGUUUCAGCCAAAACAGGGGAAAAUGUCAAAGAAUUCUUUUCCCGAGUUGCUUCUGUGGCCUUCGAACAGUCCAUGAUAAAGGAGAUGGAGAAAACUGCUCACUGCAUGGCCCAAAUUGGGGCAGGAAACUUCAUCAAAUUGGAAAAAAACAUUAUGGAAAUCCCAGAAGGCAACACUCAAGUCAGCCUGAGUUGCUGCUAACUGUCAACUGUUACUGGCAAGUGCCAUGCUUCUCUGUAGUCCAUCAUAAUGUACCUGCAACAAUUAAUGCUCUCAAACCAAAAUAGAAAGUUUUACUGUUGGAAAUGAGGAAUGAAAAACUUAUCCAACCUCUUAGAAAGAGUCCCAUUGCUGCUGCAGGCUUAUUUGUGCAGGAUGAUAUAAUUGUUACAUAAACCUUUCUCUGUGUAGUGGAAACAUACUUGUCUUAAUGCAAGAAGACAUUGUCAGUGCUGUGUGCUCACCUGUCUGCCAGAAACACUUGUAGUCAAAAGUUGUAUAAUUUUAGUGUGUUGUUCUUUGAUAAUUUUCUAAAAGUCUUGGUGAAGUUGUUUGUGUUCCCAUGUGAGCAGAAAACAAAUGGCAGUUCAGAAUAAAGGGUGCUAUCCAUAUGUUUUUGCCUUUUAAGAUUAUAGGAUAAAAUAAUUCUGACUUGCUUUUGUAUAUUCUAAAUAUUUUUACUGUUCCAAAAUAAAUAUUUUUAAAUAACAGGUAUGGAAGUACACAAAUGCAGACUGCAUAAUUCCCACCUGUAGUCUCUCCAUCCAGGAAAAAUCUGUAUUAUUUUUAAUUUUCCUCUUGAUAGUAUAUUUAAAUCCAAGCCUAAAAGAAGUCCAGGUAGGAACUUGUUGUUUUGUCCCAGUUGUCUAAUAAUUUGUAAAGGCUCUAAGAAUGUUAUUCUUUUACACUUUCUUGAAUAAGCAGGAAUGGUUACAUAGGUGCAUGGCAUACAACAGAUGAAAUCUAAUCUUUCUGUCUUCCAAAGAGGAUGCAGAAUCAUUCUCUGGAUUGAUCUUAAUGAAUAUUGUCUACACUGCAGUUCUGCUUUAUUGCUUAGAGUAAUGACUUUUUCAUUUUAUUCUGAGGGUUUUUUUGAUUGUAGUAAUGUGACAUGAUUGUGGAACCUUGUGCAGUCUGUCAUGAACAUGCUCAUUCCUGUCUGUGGUAGGAACUGUGAGCUGGUAAGGUUGGAUUCAAUACUGCUACUGAACUCUUAGUCACUAUCUGCUUUUACUAGAGAAGAUGAUUUGAUCAUUAAAUGCCAGAAGCAAUGUUGUCCACUGUUUAAUAAAAGCAGUAAUGGUAGAGAAAUAAUUUUGCCAUUUUGUAAAGUGCUGUUUUGCAAAGGUAUGGGGUUUACAGGAAUGGGAAAAGGUGGAAUUCUCCAAAGUAAACACAUACUUGUUAAAUAUUAAAGUACUUGCCAUAUGAAGAUGGUACUACUGAGCACAGGUUCUACUGUAAGCUCUCUGGACGUGUUGAUGUGCUGGCUGGAUCAACCAACCAUUGCCCCAGUUUUGCCUUUCAAAUACCCUUUGACAUAAUCUGUGCAAUUUGUUCUUCAGAAAUUGCAAUAAUUGUUUGAUUGAGAGAUAUUAACUCUGGAUACCACUGAAUUUCAUCAAAGUAAAGCAGCUUUACAAUGUUUUUCUGCUCUUUGGGCAGCAAUAACUGAUGGCAAAAGAUACUCCUAUUUUAAAAGUCAUUCCAGCUGGCAAAUGACAUGGGCAGAAAUUGCUGUAACAAAUAUUUGGUCAGUAUUUGUGAAACUCUAUUAGAAUGGUUGAUUAUGAUCAUUUGGCUUGUAUUUUUGCAGUUUAAAAGAAGUGAAUGGGAAAUACACUUAUUUCAUUUCCCUUUAAUUUUUCCAGUAUCUUAUUGAACAGUGUUUGGAAAACAAAUUAUACCAGGACCUUUCAGCUCUGAGCUGCUGAGAAAAUAGAGCAGUCGUUAAUAGAUAUAUUCAUUAAACUGCAAAUACUCUGGAUUCUCUGCUAUUAUAUUCCCCUUAAAUAAAUGGGUAAGAAAUAGAAAAAAAAUGGAGAAAAGAUGACUUAAACCUUCUUUGUAUUACUUUUAUUUUCUUAUGAUGUAAGUUAGAGCAGCUUCAUCGAACAGAGAUCUAGGAAAUCUAUGCUUUUAUUUUUUAAUCAGUCUUCACUUUGGCAAUUGUGCCAAUUCUGUUGGCAAAAACAGAAAUGUAGCAUUUGGUGGAGAAAACGCUUAUGUGUGGGGAUGUAAGGAGUUAGUUAUCCAAAUCUGCAAUAUUUUGACCUUAUUAUAUUCUGCUUAUUUGUUCAUUUCCCAAGUAUGUUUCACAAGGAUGACGAAUAUCCACUCCUGUUGCACCGUGUGCUGCAUUGAGUGGGCUGUAUAGCCAUGGUCCUUGUGUUUACUGAGCUUGAAUGAGAGUGGAAAAGAUGGUUGACUCUACUGCAGCAAAUCAUAUUAUCUAGACUAGGUUCCAGUUUUCAGUGCAGAUAUAUUAGUGUUUACAGCUGCAAAAUGACUCUAACAAAUUUAAGAAAAGGUCAGGAUUCCAGUUCCUCAUGACUCAUUCCCCACUCCCCCAUCUCCUAAGUUUUUCUUUCAUUGCUGAGCUCAAUUAUUGUACAAAAUAAGAGAUGUAAUCUCUUCAGCAAUGCAAUCACAUUGCUUGGAAAAACAGCUGGGAUGGUUUUUCUAGUGUACAGUGCUUGAUAUAAUUACUGGUUUGUAUCUUCUGGAGCUUCAAAAUCUUUGUGUACAAAUGCAAUACUCUGUCAGUCAUAGACUAUUGCUGGACAGUGACGGAUUGACUCACUCUGAUGGAUGCUUUGAGACUGAGGUUUUUUGGAUGGUGUGAGUUUUUGGGGGUUUUUUGGCAGGUUUUUUUUUUGUUUAGUUGGUUGGUUUGAGGGGAUAGUUUUUUAGCCCACUGAGACUUCCUCUGCAAAGAACUCAGUAUUAAUAAUUAACUAUCUAAUGUGACUUCUAGAUCAUGUUGUAAAUGAUGAAUUUCUUAGGGAAGCAUGAAGAAAA